UUGAAGGCAUGCCAUGUUCCUUGAUUCUUCUGUGAUUCUGUGUUGGUUGUAGUUACUUGCUUAGAAGAUUAAGUAUCCUUGCAAGAUAAUUGGCUGCAACAGAAAGGUUUAUCUCUAUGUUCAUCUGUGUUAGGUUUAAUGUUUUAAAGUGGUAAUGUUCAGUCUGAUAACUUGAGGUUCAUUGUGCUGCAGUCUCCACAAGGACACUUUCCCUUUCUUCAGCAUCGGCAUGGAAGGACCGCAUCUAGACAGGGAACUGCUUCCUGGCCAUGAUGAAGAAGCUGUUGUGGAUACAGGCAAAGUCAGCUCUACAAUCAACACAAACUUUGAGAAAGAAGAGCUAGAAAGUCACAGAGCUGUCUAUAUUGGUGUGCAUGUCCCCUUUGGAAAGCAGGGCCGACGACGUCAUAAACACCGUGGUCAUAAACAUCACAGACGAAGAAAAGAAAAGGAAACGGAUAGAGAAGAUGGGCGAGAAUCUCCAUCCUACGACACACCAUCUCAGAGGGUGCAGUUUAUUCUGGGUACCGAGGAUGAUGAUGAAGAACACAUUCCCCAUGAUCUGUUCACUGAAAUGGAUGAACUUUGCUUUAGAGAAGGAGAAGAAUAUGAAUGGAAAGAAACUGCCAGAUGGCUGAAAUUUGAAGAAGAUGUUGAAGAUGGUGGUGAGCGAUGGAGCAAACCUUAUGUGGCUACGCUGUCUCUGCACAGUCUUUUUGAACUGAGGAGCUGUAUUUUAAAUGGGACAGUCAUGUUGGAUAUGAGAGCAAAUACACUGGAUGAAAUAGCAGAUAUGGUAUUGGAUAACAUGAUAGCUUCUGGACACCUGGAUGAAUCUAUGAGAGAGCAAGUUAGAGAAGCUCUUCUGAAGAGACACCAUCACCAGAAUGAGAAAAAAUUCAGUAAUCGGAUUCCUCUUGUCCGAUCCUUUGCAGAUAUAGGCAAGAAACAUUCUGACCCUCUCUUGCUUGAAAGAAAUGGGGAAGGCCUUUCAGCCUCCCGCCACUCUUUACGAGCAGGUCUCUCUGCCUCAAAUAUUUCCCUAAGAGGAGAGAAUCGCUUGUCCCUUCUUCUCAAUUACCUUCUUCCUGGAUCUCCAGCAGUCUCAAGGAGCGCAACCCCUUUACCUACCCCACAAAGCACUCCACCCUCCACUCCUGGGUGCAGUCACAAGGCAACCUCAAAUGUACAGCCAACUGAGCUUCAGGCUGCUGAACUUCUAGUGUCUCCUUCUAGUGAUGAGAUCCCUAAAGUAGUAAUUCAUCCACCUGAGGAGGAUUUAGAAGCUCAGGAAAGCGAGGAGAAGACAACAGAGGAUAAUAAUGACGUAACAUCAGGACUUUUAGCAUCACCACAAUCUGCACCUGGUAAUUUGGAUACUGGGAAAAGUGGAGAACUUAAAAGUAGUGGAACAGGAGGAAGUAGAGAAAACAGCACUGUUGAUUUUAGCAAGGACUCUGCCUCCUGGCACUGUAGUUGUGGCACACUUGGUGUGGGACUCAAGAGGCCAGCUGUAGAUAUGAACUUUAUGAGGAAGAUACCCAUAGGUGCAGAGGCAUCAAAUGUGUUGGUGGGAGAAGUGGAUUUUUUGGAGAGACCAAUUAUUGCGUUUGUGAGGCUCUCUCCUGCAGUGCUUCUCACAGGUCUCACAGAGGUUCCUGUUCCUACACGAUUCCUUUUUGUGUUGCUGGGUCCAGCAGGCAAAGCACCUCAAUAUCAUGAAAUUGGACGAUCAAUAGCAACACUUAUGACUGAUGAUGUUUUCCAUGAUGUUGCUUAUAAAGCCAAAGAUCGAAAUGAUCUGCUGUCUGGAAUUGAUGAAUUUUUAGAUCAGGUGACUGUUCUGCCUCCAGGAGAGUGGGAUCCUUCUAUACGAAUUGAGCCACCAAAAAGUGUUCCAUCUCAGGAGAAAAGGAAGAUACCUAAAUUUCCAAAUGGAGCUGCUUCUUCUGGAGAGCCUCUUAAAGAAGAAGGCCAUCAUGCUGGACCUGAAUUACAGAGGACUGGAAGGCUUUUUGGUGGUUUGAUACUUGACAUCAAAAGGAAAACACCUUUUUUCUUGAGUGACUUCAAGGAUGCAUUAAGUCUGCAGUGCCUGGCCUCGAUUCUUUUCCUAUACUGUGCCUGUAUGUCUCCUGUAAUCACUUUUGGAGGGCUCCUUGGAGAAGCUACAGAAGGCAGAAUAAGUGCAAUAGAGUCUUUAUUUGGAGCAUCAUUAACUGGGAUUGCCUAUUCACUGUUUGCUGGGCAACCUCUGACAAUAUUGGGGAGCACAGGACCUGUCCUAGUUUUUGAAAAGAUAUUAUUUAAAUUCUGCAAGGACUAUGGGCUUUCUUAUCUCUCCCUGAGAACCAGCAUUGGUCUGUGGACAGCAUUUUUGUGUAUAUUGUUAGUAGCAACUGAUGCAAGCAGUCUUGUGUGUUACAUCACUCGAUUUACUGAGGAGGCGUUUGCUGCUCUAAUUUGCAUAAUAUUUAUAUAUGAAGCACUGGAAAAGCUUUUUCAGUUGGGAGAAAUUUAUGCUUUCAAUAUGCACAACAACCUUGAUGAGCUGACAAAGUAUUCAUGUGUAUGUGCAGAGCCUCAAAAUCCCAGCAAUGAAACACUGAAUCUGUGGAUGACAAACAACAAAUCUGUGGAUACUAUACCAUGGGCUAAUCUCACAGUUAAGCAAUGUAAAGAUUAUCAUGGUGUGUUUGUUGGAACAGCCUGUGGCCACCAUGGUCCAUAUUUCCCAGAUGUUCUUUUUUGGUCUGUCAUAUUAUUCUUUACCACUUUUUUCCUUUCGUCCUUCCUCAAGCAGUUCAAAACCAAGCGUUAUUUUCCCACUAAGGUGCGCUCUACAAUAAGUGACUUUGCGGUAUUUUUGACAAUAGUCAUCAUGGUUCUCAUUGAUUACCUUGUUGGAGUCCCUUCUCCUAAACUCCUUGUGCCUGAAAAUUUUAAACCCACACGAAGUGACCGGGGAUGGCUUAUAGAUCCUCUAGGACCUAAUCCUUGGUGGACACUUAUGAUAGCUGCAAUUCCAGCAUUACUAUGUACUAUUCUUAUUUUUAUGGACCAGCAAAUUACAGCAGUUAUCAUAAACAGGAAAGAGCAUAAGCUCAAGAAAGGUUGUGGCUACCAUCUUGAUCUGCUCAUGGUUGGCAUCAUGUUAGGUAUAUGCUCUAUCAUGGGAUUGCCUUGGUUUGUGGCUGCAACUGUUCUUUCUAUAAGUCAUGUCAACAGUUUAAAAGUAGAAUCUGAGUGUUCUGCUCCUGGAGAACAGCCGAAGUUUCUGGGAAUUCGUGAGCAGAGAGUGACAGGAUUAAUGAUCUUUGUUCUAAUGGGGUUGUCAGUGUUUAUGACCUCUGUAUUAAAGUUUAUUCCAAUGCCAGUUUUGUAUGGUGUCUUUCUUUACAUGGGAGCGUCCUCACUAAAAGGCAUCCAGUUUUUUGAUCGUAUCAAAUUGUUUGGAAUGCCUGCCAAGCAUCAGCCUGAUUUGAUCUAUCUGCGUUAUGUGCCACUCUGGAAAGUUCAUAUAUUUACAGUGGUUCAACUUACUUGUCUUGUACUUCUGUGGGUAAUUAAAGCAUCUCCCGCUGCUGUUGUUUUUCCUAUGAUGGUUUUAGCUCUAGUGUUCAUUCGCAAACUCAUGGAUUUAUGUUUCACCAAACGGGAGCUCAGUUGGCUUGAUGACCUUAUGCCAGAAAGUAAGAAGAAAAAGGAAGAUGACAAAAAGAAAAAAGCAAAGGAAGAAGCUGAACGAAUGUUUCAGACAGUGGACAGUGAAACUGUACACCUUCCAUAUGAAAGAGGCGAUGUGUUACAGAUUCCUGUGAAAGCUCUAAAAUACAGUGUUGAUCCCUCUGUUGUAAACAUAUCAGACGAAAUGGCCAAAACUGCACAGUGGAAGGCUCUUUCCAUGAGCACAGAGAAUGCCAAAGUAGCAAGAUCUAACUUGAGCUCUGAAAAAGAAGAGAAUGUGAAAAUAGACAUUGAAAAUACAUCUGAAACAAAGUAUGUAGAUGCUGAAACCUCAUUAUAGAAGUGAACAAGGAUAUAUAUCAUUUUAUAGGAUAUACUGUAAAAGGGUGACUUCCAAACUUCUUUAUGGUACUUUAUGAAAUUUGAGCUCUGGAUACGGUAUGUACAGCAACAAGACUUUAAGACAGGAAAGAAGUGGUAAAUCACUCUGGAAAUAUUUAUUUUAGUGGAAUGUGCAUUUCAUUUUUAAUAGGAAAAUUGUAUUUUAGUUAUCAGUACAUGUCAAAAUACCUUUAAUUGUAAAUUAUUGUUCUGCAAUAUGUAGAACUUUCUGGUAUAUCACUUUUUAAAACUAAUUUAUUGUGGUGUGUAUGUGCACCCUGUUUUCAGGUAAUUGUUGUUUGGGUUUUUGCAAAAUGUUAUGUAUGUCAGUCUUCUCAGAACAAAUCUCAAACAUGCCAUUUCACAGAUGACUGUAUUUCAGCCCUUAUCCACUUCAUGUUGCUGUUUUGGGGGGGAAUUUAAAUCACAUUUCUGGGGGGUUUUUAAGUCAUAAAUUAGUAUAGAAUUAUUAAACACUGUAACUUUAAAAGAAUACUUCAGUCUCAUGUCUACAUCAUGCUAGACAAGGAGUUUUAAUUCCUAAUUCAAUGUUUUAGAAGUUAUGGAAACCCAUAACCAAAGAUAGGGCUUCCUUCUCAUUACUUAUUUUGUGAGCAGAUUAUAUUGUCUUCACUGAAAUUAAUGAAAUCUCUAAUAACACAAGGGUAUGGAUUGGGACACACAUCUGGGCUCUGAACUAGUGUCCCUGUUUUAAAAUGUAAUUACAGUUCUAUUUUUAAUAAGUCCUUCACAAAGCUUUUACUGUAUGAGAUCCCUUUCCUGCACAUACAUAAUUAUCAGUGAAAAUAAAUUGACAGGUAGGCAGUCUUUAGAACCAAUGCCUCAUUCUUUGGUGUGUCAUUUUUAAAGUAAAAUGAAGGUAUGGCAUUAAAAUCAGUGCCCAUUGGUUUGGGUAUAGGAUCAUAAGCUUUGUGCAGGUGAUGCCUUCAUAUAAGAUAGCUUUCAUAUCAGAUGCUGCACGUGCAAGUAGUUUAGGGCAGCCCUCCACAACCAGAUACCCUCCAAAUGUAUGGACUUAGACUCACAGUAUUUUCUGGUCAGUUGUGCUGAAUCUGGGUUGUCUGGAAUUGUAGUUCAACAUAACUGGAGGGUACCAGAUUGGUGAAGUCUGUUAAACUCAUAACUCAGUGAAAAUCUGACCUGUUUUAACUGUGGUUUUUAAAUACGUUUGUGUUUGAAGGUUACUUAAAAUGUCCUGCAAAGGCAACAGAGUGUAGAUAUCUAUUUUAAGUAAACAUAAUUCAAGGCAGUGGUACUUUACAAGGAAAUAAAUCAUGAUCUAAUGCUCCGUAGCACUAAUGUGAACCCUGAAAUAAAGAUUUUUCUGAUGUUGAAGAAAUUAUCCCCAUUAUAGAAGUGACUGGGGAAUUCUUGCUUGUGCAGGAGCACCAUACAUCUGCUGUUUAUACCAAGAAAGCACUGAAUCAGAGCUACUGGGUUGAAUCCAGAUGUUGUCAUUCUCAGUGUAGACUUAUUUCAAUCAAUAGGACUUAAGGUAGUUGACACUAAGUCCUAUUGACUUCAAUGAAUGUACUCUGUGCAUGAUUAAAUCUGGACCUGCCACAUAUUUAGCAUUGGGGUGUUAGGAUUGUGCAAUACAUUGUCUUAUAUGAAUUUGUAGGAAUGUUAACCAUUUUACGUUACCAACAAUUUUAAACUUCCAAAAUAGUUUUAUUGGAUUUUGUGAAGGAAAAUAUGUUCCUGCUGAGAAGCACCCAUUAAAAAUCCAAAUAUUGUUAUAUCAGCUGUAUUUCUACAAUAUAAAGACUUAUUUCAGACUGCUCAUUUACUUUUGUCCACACCAUUCCACAUUCUGGGCUGAGUGACUCUCAAAACCAUGGAAAAUAGUAGUGGGUUUGUAGAAGCGUAUUGGAUAUAAUCACUGCUCCAUACUCUUUGCCAAGCUGUGGGAUCUCAAAUCCCAAUCUGUGGGAUCCUAAUUCAAUUUAUGAACAAAAGGAGCCCUUCUAUUUGUGGAAGGGCAAGUCUGAAUUCAGUUUAUUGUGAUCAGAUUGGCAGAAUGUCAAUGAAUAUUUUCUGCAUGAGAAUAUAAAGUGGGUUCCCAUUGGUGUAACUAAGUUAUAAAUUACUAUGUUUGUGAUCAUUUGUAAUCACAAAGAGAAUGUACAAUAGUUUUAAAAGCUUUCACAUUUGAAUGACAAAGUAAAAGUGGGAAUUCCAUUAUUUCAUAAGCCAGUUGCCAUAUUACCUUACUUUACUGAAAUCAGUUGUAUACAUUGCUGGAUGUACCAAAGCAUGAUCCAGUCAAUGUUAAACCCUGUAAUUUCACUCACAAUCCCCACUGAUUUCAGUGACAGAAUUAAACAUCUCUUAUAUCUUCUCCAUUAAAGUGAACAAGAAUUCAAGAUUAAAGUGUGGUUGGGCAGCAUCUCUUUCCUGGCAUGGACUUUGAGUUACUUUGCCUACUUUGCAUAGUAGCUCAUUUGACUUUAGAGAGGCAGCUGGUGGAAUAGUUUGCUAAGAGGAAUUACCUACCACCAUCAUGAGGUGAUGCAGUAUGCAGAAAUAUGCCCUUAAUUAUGACCAUUAUGUAAUGGUGAUGGAUGCAGUAGUUACUCAGUCAAUCAACACCAUAGAAGCAGGUAGUUACUAACUGGCUAAAAAUCACCAGUAUGCACGAGCCUAUGUUAUUAACAGGAAUUCCUAGUGAACUGCUGAGUACACAGUUAUUUCCCUAACAGUAUCCCUUAAGAAUGUGUUUUCUCCCCUGCCACAUCCCACUUCAAUUAACUGGCAGCAGAUAAAAAUUCCUAGUAGGACACUGCCUCACCAGUUGCUGCUGAAGAAGAAGGUUGUUGAUUUGAACAUCCAAGGCCAUCUUCCAAAGACUUUGUACAUAAGUGUAGUUUCUGACACUAUUUGAAAAAAGUGAGGAAAACCGUGUAACUUAAUUUUAUGUUUAAUAAAUACUUGACUCUCCUUGCUUGAUUUUAGAAGAGGAAUUUAUAUAUCUCACUCACACACAAUUUCACUGGGAAUAUGAAAAAUGUGACUAACGUGUCUCUGCUGUUUGUCAGAUCCUGACCUGACUUAGUGUGAUAUUUUAAUAUUCGGAACAGCAAAUCCCUGUAUACAGCAUAAGCCUUUUAAAAUUGUAUGUACUUCAAAUCUAGUUUAUUGGGUGGCGCUGAACAAGACUAAAACAAAAAAAAGUCACAUAGCAUAAAAGCACAUUUUUGGGUAUAUCCAAAAUAGCUGUGCAUUUGACCCAAAAUGACUGAGGGCAAGCAAUGCAGAUAACAAACUUUGUAACAGACAAAGAUUUAUUCCGUAGUGACCUUCAGUGUUAAAAAUGCUGCUAAGUGUAAUCUGAACUCAAGAAAGGUUUAAACUCAACAUGCAGGGGGAUUGGCAAUGCCAUGAAGAUGAAGCGCUUAUGCCUAAGCACUAUCAAAUUAGCUUUUCAGUAUUGUUUAGCUUUUGCAAUAAAAUAAUGGGAACAGGGUAGCUAUAAUUUCAUUCCUAGACAUUUUCAUAGCUUCAAGAAAUAUGCAUGCUUGCUUUCUUGGAAAAUCAUGAUUAUCUAUCACUAUUGUACAUAUGUUUAAUGAUUUUAACAUUGUUUCAAAGUUUCUCUUUGGUAAAGACAAAAAAGAAUCAUGUCUGUGUUUGUAGCAUUCAUAGAGUUGUCCAUGCUUGUCUUCCUUUAUUGCACAUUUCCAUCUCCAGAGCCAUGGAUAGUAAUUUGCAAAAACCCAAACAGAUUUUCUUGAAAUUUAGCCCUUUGUUUUCAAAGCCUGGAAUUCCACAAUACUGAACAGUUCAUAUCAACUAUUCAGUGCCAAGGGGUUAAUAAUUUUGGUAACUUAAAUGAAGAUCUAAAAGCUAUUAAGAAUCACAAUAUUUAUUUUUUUAAUUAUGUAUAAAUAACUUUCCAGUGCCAGGAAUACCAUGACUCACAAUGUAGUUUACAUGAUUGUUCCACUGUUGGUUUCUAAUGUAUUCUUAUAAAUUUUAACCUUUUUGAUGAUAAUGGAUAAGACCUGAUGACAUGCUGAAAACUGUAGUUGUUAACUUCUGUAUAAGUAAUAUACUUACUUUGUUAUAAACAUUAUUUCCUUUUCUGUAAUGAAAAAAGGAUAGUGUUAAAGUAAAACAGUGAAGGACAUAACUUUUACUGUACAUAGAUAUAAAUAUUGCCUUAAGAGGUGUAAAUGACUAAACUUACUGUGCACUGACUCACCUUGGGGUGAAACCUAAUUUAAAGCCAGUAUAUUUCCAACAAACUAAUAGAAUAAAUAACGGAGCACUUUUUUUAGAUGCCUUGGUUGCCUCCUGGGGAGUAAACUAGCUGGCUGCAUAAGUAGCUGCUAAGCCACCCCAGGAAAUUUACUUUUUCUGAACUUUUAAAUAUAUAUUAAAAUUGUUUUACAGGAAGGAUGUCUAAACUUUAAUAUUAUGAAGACAUCUUCUGUCAAUUUUUAGUAUUACCUUUAGUGUACAAACAAUUCAACAGAGUUCUUCUGAUUUAUGUAGGAACUCAUAGAACUCUGUUUUCAUUAUCUUUUGUUUGCAGUUUUCCAGACUGCAAACUGCUUUUUAUGGCGAGGUGUUCCCGAUUAUCAAAAUAAUCAACAAAGAUGUGCAAGCUAGUAUGCAAAGUGUGUCAGUUCGCUUAGCAUCCAAUAGAGUGCUAGAAUUUUCUUUUUCCUCUUUUAUUUCAAAUACAUUUAUCUCUAUGUACAGUAGUCUUAUAAUAUGUGCCCUUUGUAAAGUUAAGUUUGAAGUAUAAAGUAAUAUGGAUAGGUGUAACACAUUACAAAAAUGCACUGGUCUGCAUUGUUAAAAAUAUGUAUUAUUCAUAUGUUUUGUAAAUUUAUUGCGUCUGAAGUCACCAGUUCAGAGUUUGUUGAUCAUUAGCACAACAUACUGUCUGUUUGCUUUUGAUAAUUUUGGUCAGUAAUUGAAUGCUUUUAGAAUGAUUGAUGUUAGGUGCCAUCUACCUAAUACAGUACAGAUGUUGUGAAUAGCCAUUUAAUUUAGUGAAUGUACAGAGGCACAUAGUUGUGUGUCAAUAUACACGUGUAUUCUUUAUACAAAAUAUUGUCUUGUGAUUUUACUCUUUUGUCUUUUUUUAACUUUGUAACUUUGUAACUUUUAGUAAAUUUGUCAAUGAUAGGAAAAUGGUUACAAUUGGUGUGAAAAUAAAAGUGUUCAUAUUUAGUACAUAUUGUCUCUAUUUGCCAGUCUUGGAUUAACUUAUUUAAUAGCCAGGUUAAAUAGCCAAGUUUUUAUAAUGCAGUUUAUUAGGAAAUGCAUCCUUCAAUAUCUUCCCUUUUGUUAUCGAUGUUUUCUUUUGUAAGUGUGUCUUCCAUUGUUCAGAGCAUCUAACUGAACAAAAAUAUGUACUUUGAUUUGAGGUGUAAUUCCACACUUUAUUCCAAUUUUUAUGACAGUUUUCUAAUAGAACAUUUCCUUUUAUAAUAAAAUCCAAAGCAGGUUAACACUGUUCCAAAUGUAGAAUCAAUAUUUUAUUAUUUUAUAUAAUACCUACAAAAUUUUCUCCAAUAUGUAAUGUGAAAAAUCCAGCCUUUAUAAUUUAAUAAUUGAUGUGAAAAAUCCAGCCUUUAUAAUUUGUUUAAUGAUUGUUGCAAAAACUAUUUUUUGUAAUGUUUCAGAAAGUUGACAAAAAGCAAUAAAAUGUCACUGACUUUAA